GGCAGAGUUGCCGGUGCUUUUGCAUCAUCAAGCAAAGGGGAGCUAUACAUGCAGAUACAGCCAAGAGAGAGAGAGAGGGGGAGAGAGAGAGAGAGAGAGAGAGAGAUACUGCGAGCAGAUCCAUCAAGCUAACAUCCACUUGGCCCCUUCUGCCCCCGAGCAAGGCACCGGCGAGGCGUCCUUCCUUCACCUGUCAGGGUGCUGCACCGCGGUCUCAUGAGCAUCUCAUCGUCUGCUGCUCUAGAUAUGCAGAACCCCGGUCUUGGCCCCCAGUUCAUCGUGGGGCCCCCACCCAAGGUGCCUGGCAGGAAGAGAGGCCGACCACCCAUCCGUAAGCUGGAAUUUCAGCACCAUUACCCAGAAGUCCUUUCUGCCCUGAAGGUGCCUAAGAAGAGAGGAAGGAAGCCUGGUUUCAAGCUGAAGCCCAGGAUGCUGAUGUCCCCUCUAGCUGACUCCGCCCCCAGCAGCACCCCAGAGCCCGAGCUGAGCUCCCUCCCCCAGGACGCGGCCAUCGUCCCCCGGUCGGCCACGCCCCAGGCCCACACAGCAGAGACCUCGGUGCCGGACGACUUCCUGUGCGACCCCGUGGACUCAAAGCGUUACGCCGUCGACCCCAGCGACUCGGCCUUCGGCGUCAUGGCGACGGGGUUCCGACCCAAGCACUCUUACGGUUACCGCGGCAGCAGCAGCAGCGGCUGCUCCAACCCCACGGCCAUGUGCAGACGAGCAUCCAGUCCCGGGAAUUUCCAGGACCCAAACAGAAACACAGCCUACAGCCCCGGCUCUGAGGCCGGGGACUGCAAACGUCCCGCUGGAAGAGACCCGUCCAGCUGGGGGGUGGAGGAGGUGGUCUGGUUCAUCAAAGACUCGGACCCUCAGGCGCUUGGGCCGCACGCAGAAGCCUUCAGGAAACACGAGAUCGAUGGAGAUGCACUCCUGCUGCUGAAGAGUGAGAUGAUGAUGAAGUACCUGGGACUGAAGCUGGGGCCUGCGCUCAAACUGUGCUACCACAUCGACAGGCUCCGACAGAACCGACCGUGAUUCGCUGGAGACGGGCCAGAAGAGCUUUCUCUCUGGAUGGAGUAACCCUAUUUAACCGUUUAUUCCAGAAGAUCUUUUCAAGAUUACACCCGUCGGUAGUAGUUCACGACCAGCGUCGGGUUUUGUACGUUUUUCAUAAGUUUUUCGUACGCCACUGGUUCGUGGUUUGCUUCUCAGACACCUGAAACAAUAUACAUUACUGAGGCACGGUUUGCAUCUUUGUUUUGCAGGUUUCUGAAUGGAUUUUGGUUGAGAGUCCUCCUGGACAAAUGGCAGCUACGAAUAUGUGACCUGGAAUAGCAAAUGCUUUUGUUUUUUUAACCGUACAGUUAUUGUCUCAAUUUCUGAUACAGCAAAAUACUAAAUCCAACUGCAUUUGUCCGUGCCUCACCACCACAUUUGAACUCCUAUUCUCUGUAAAGCUGGUCGUUUUACCUGUGGCCUGCUGUACAGUUAUUUUUGACUUCUUGGUAUUUAAAAUAGGACUGAGAGGCUUUUAUUUGUGGAAUCCGAACUGAACGAAGAUCUGCUUGCUUUCCUUUAUAAAAUAAUAUCUCUGAUAUCUCUCCGUAAUUUCAUGGCAAACAAAAUCCAACAUGGUGCUCGGUUGGCAUGACAACGGAUUACCUCCAUGUUUUCGGUGCACGCUGUUCCCCUCCUCAUUAGCAGGUGCAGCGUACACAUUUUCACCACCAACAAAGAAGAAAGGAAUGGAAACACUCUCGGCCUUUGUGCAUUCCAACAGUGCAGACUUGUAAACCUGUGUUCACUUUUACUGGGAAUGCCCAUUGGAAUUUCCUUCCAGUGGAAGCAUUCCAAUAGGGUUCAACUGAGAGGAAUGUGUAGCAGAAUCCUGUGACUUGAACGGACCCUUUUCAUAGCGUUUACUGGAAUAACCACUGCCAAUAUUUGACAUGACUUCAGGUACCCUGCAAUCAACAAUGUCUGGACUUCUCCGCAACGUUGCUGUUCAUGUACGUUUUUAUGCUUAUGCACACACACGCGCGCACACACACACACACACACACACACACACACACACACACACACACACACACACACACACACACACACACACACACACACACACACACACACACACACACACACACACACACACACACACACACACAUACCGUUUGAGGAUUUAAUUAUUGAGGAUUUAAUUAUUGUUCUCAAUGUGAAUGAAUGCUCAAUCUCAUUAACCUCUCAAGUGAAAACUUUUGUUGUCUUGGGCCAAUAUAUUUAUGUGUAACAUUAUAUAAUUGUGUUGU